AUGUCUCAGUACAAUUUACGUACGUUUCCGUCACGGGAUUAUGCAGCCUUGCAUGCAGGGGAAGACAAAGAAUUUCAUGACAGCUUCGAGUAUCUGCCCGUCAACCUCGCUAAGGAUCAAGGAACGUCUUCGCCUGGUGAUCGCAAUGGCCAGUCAUCCACUCCUCGCGCUACAACCAGCGACGUCAAUGGCGAUGCAGAUGACAUCGCUGCGUUAAAUGCCGCCAUUGCUCAAGCCAAGGCAGACAAUGCAGAGCUAGAACGUCGAGCAAAAACAGUCAAACUGAAAGCCGAACUUCACGCCCUGCAUCAGCGAAACGCCCAUUUACAAAUUCAAGCGGCUGCCCGUCCUGAUUUGGCUCCUGGUGAACAUGGCAAACCUCUAGAGUCUUCCGUCUCGAUAAAAGAGCUCCGGGCUGAUCCUGCUUUGACCGUGAAGGUUUCUUCAGAAAUCAAGCAUCUCGGGUUUUCCUUGAGUGACUCUGAAGACAAGGGCGACGCCUCCAUCAAGAAGAAAGCUCGA